AAUAUUCUGGGAAAAGGAGAAAUUAUUACUUGCAUAUUAUUAAACAUAAUACCGCUAGCUUAUACCGUCAGUGAUAGGACACUUCCGAGCACCUUAACAUUGAAAUCUUUCUUGAAAAUCAGUUCUAGCUACAAGAGAAUAUCGUCAAAUGUUACAUGCAUAUCCUACUACUAACGAAAUAGAAAAGAAAGGGAGAAAAGGAUUGGAGAAAGAAUGAAAGAAAAAGAUGAACUAUAAUCCCAGAAUGCCAUGCAACGUUAAAAUACCCACAAUCCUWCGUGCGCUGAGUCAUCUCUCAAAAUAAAAACAUGGCGGGAUUUUUGUCCAUCAAAAUAUUUGAUUCUAGAUUUUGAUGAUCUGGGACAGUAAAUAACCUAAUUUCAGUAAUAUGUCUUGGGCUGAUACCUUGAAGCGAUACGUGGAGAGGAAAAAGAACGAAAAAGCUGAAGGGGCAACUAGUGCUUAUCAAGACGGAAAUUUGACGGAAACUGAAUUAUUUACCAAGUACUACACAGAAUGGAAAGGCCAUCCUAAAGGAAAGGGAAAAGGGAAAGACAAGACCUUCAAUACCAUUCCAAAAUUCUACUAUAAGUUGCCAUCAGAAGAUGAAGUGCUACAACAAAAACUCAGGGAGGAAUCAAGAGCUGUAUUCCUUCAAAGAAAGAGUAGAGAACUUCUAGACAAUGAAGAGCUGCAGAAUCUCUGGUUUCUUUUGGAUAAGCACCACACUCCUCCAGUCUUAGGAGAGGAACAGAUGAUAAAUUAUGAAGAUUUYUUGAAUGUUUCUUCUCAAGCAGGAGUAAAAUGCAGACCAUUCUUUACUGCUACUGUCUUCAGCAAGUUGUACCAGAGUGAUCCUUUUGGAAGGAUUUCAAUCAUGCAGUUUUUCAAUUACGUUAUGAGAAAAGUAUGGCUUCAUCAAACGAGAAUUGGAUUAAGUCUUUACGAUGUUGCUGGUCAGGGAUACCUCAAAGAAUCUGACCUGGAGAAUUACAUCCUUGAACUUAUACCCACUCUUCCCCAGUUGGAUGGAUUGGAAAAGUCAUUCUAUUCUUUUUAUGUCUGUACUGCUGUCAGAAAGUUCUUUUUCUUCCUUGAUCCUCUAAGGACUGGUAAAAUAAAGAUUCAGGAUAUCCUAGCUUGUAGUUUUCUAGAUGAUCUUCUUGAGCUCAGGGAUGAAGACCUGUCUAAAGAGCAACAAGAUGCUAACUGGUUCUCUGCCCCAUCAGCUCUAAGAGUUUAUGGUCAAUAUCUUAAUCUAGAUACAGAUCAUAAUGGUAUGCUAAGCAAAGACGAACUAGCCAAGUAUGGUUCUGGCACCUUGACUAAGGUCUUCAUUGACAGGGUUUUCCAGGAAUGCCUGACUUACGAUGGUGAAAUGGAUUACAAAACAUAUUUAGAUUUUGUCCUUGCCUUAGAAAACAGAAAAGAACCACAGGCACUGCAGUAUCUGUUUAAAAUAUUAGAUGUAAAGGGUGUAGGUUACCUCAACAUCUUCUCAUUAAACUUCUUUUUCCGGGCUAUACAAGAAGACAUGGUUAAACAUGGUCAUGAACCAGUAAAAUUCUUAGACAUUAAGGAUGAAAUAUUUGAUAUGGUAAAACCAAAAGAUCCUUAUAAAAUAAGUCUCCAAGACCUACUAAACAGUUCUCAAGGAGAAACAGUAGCGAGCAUUCUUAUAGACUUGAAUGGCUUUUGGACUUAUGAAAAUAGAGAACUCCUUGUACAAGAACCCAUUGUAGAUGACUGAAAAUUCUCAAUGUAUAAUACUGACAGUAUGGACAUGUGGAACUUUUAUUACUGCAACUUACUCUCCUCUUGGCUGUAAAAGAUAAGGUGAUGAAGAGAGUCUAAGUUGAAACACCAGAGAGAAAAAACUAAACUAAAACCUUGCUAGGUGUGGGUACGAGAAAGUUGAACCUUUUUUAUUUAUGUUAUAUAUUAAAUAAACGCAGAUGGUCAAGCUGGUUGUUAGUAGCAUAACUUGAUGAUCAUAAAAUUACUGUACAUUGUAAAAAAAGAUAUUCCAAAUUGUAUGAAACAAACUAUACAUCCUUCAUCCCUAAACAAGAAAAUAUCAAGUAUUUACAUAAUGGUGUUACUACCACUAUAUGACAGAGCGAGGCACUAAAGUAUGACCAUGUUUUUAGCUGCCAAACAAGCCUGUACAUGCCUUAUUUGGUAAAACCAGCCUGUUUUGCAUCGAAAUGUGUAUGUUUAACAUACAAAAACCUGUGCAUAGAAUUAUGCAAAUACUAUAUAUCUGGUCAUACUUUUGCCGUAAAAGGCACAUCAGACUCUAGUAGUAGUAAUGGUAUGGACCAGUGGUAUGACACCAUCAUAAUUUAUAUUUCAAUAUUUGCAGUCAAGCAUUGAUUGAUUGAAGGUCAGCUCCACUUGCUGUGAAUAAACUCUGCCUCUUCCUUUAGUUCCUUGAAGCGACACUGAAUAACAUCUGUUAUGUGUUUUCGUGCUUCAGUCUGGAAAUUGUUCAACAAUAAAAGUUAAUAAUGAAUGGU